AUGACGGUUUCAAUCUACGACGAUGAGCUGCUGGCUCAGCCCGGUGACCGAUCGGACCAACCGACACCGAUGACGACCGGCAAGAUAGAGGAGCAGCUCACCGCCAUACAGCAAUUUUACGAUAAAUGUAACGUCUUCAUUACGGGCGGAACCGGAUUUCUGGGCAAGACACUCAUCUACAAACUGCUGACCAGCUGCCCGGGAAUCGAAAACAUCUUUCUGCUGGUGCGAAGCAAGCGCGGCAAAGACAUUUUCUCUCGCGUGGAAGAAAUCUUCGACGAUGCUAUGUUUGACAAAAUGAAGCAAGCCUGUCCGAAGUACGAUCACAAAAUUCGCGCCGUCGCGGGCGACUGCAUGCAGCCGGGCCUGGGCAUCAGUUCGUCCGAUCGCGAAGUGUUGACCGAAAAUGUCAACAUUGUGUUUCAUCUAGCCGCCACAGUGCGAUUCGAUGAGAAGAUGAAGACGGCCAUGCAGAUCAACGUGAAGGCGUGCCGGGAUGUGCUGGACCUGUGCCACGACAUGAAGCACCUGAAGUCGGUGAUCUACGUGUCGACCGCGUACACACAGUGCCCCCAGAAUGUGGUCGACGAGCGAUUCUACGAUCCACCGAUCGAGUCCGAAAAGAUGAUCCACCUGGCCGACUGUGUGACGGAUGGCAUGAUCGAAAAGAUUACCCCGGUACUGCUUGAUAAAUGGCCAAAUACAUACACCUUCACGAAGGCCAUCGCUGAGGACGUGGUACGCAAAAAUAGUCGCGGAAUGCCUGUCGGAAUGUUUCGACCAGGAAUUGUCAUUGCAACGUACCAGGAACCGGUACCAGGAUGGAUCGAUAACUUCUACGGACCUACCGGUGUGAUUGCCGGUGCUGGAACUGGCGUGCUGCGUACGCUACGGGCCGAUCCAACAAAGGUCGCCAACAUGGUUCCCGUCGAUCUCUGCGUCAACGGCAUCAUCUCUUCCGCCUGGGACAUUGCUGAACGGUUCCGAACCGAGAUUUUGCCCGAUCCGGAAAUCCCGAUCUACAACUUUUGCACCGAACCGAACAAUUGCAUCACGUGGGGCGACUUCACGCAUACCACCAUCAAGUUCGGCUCGAUGUAUCCCACCAUGAAGGCAAUCUGGUACCUGUGCUACGCCAGCAAUCCCAACAUUGUGCUGCACUAUCUGUCCAUCAUCUUCCUGCACUAUGCGCCCGCCGUCGUCUGUGACAUCAUUGCGGUGCUGAUUGGCAGAAAACCGAGACUUCUUCGAAGCUACAAGAAGAUCCACCGCUUUAUGGACGUGAUUGAGUACUUCUCCAUGCGCGAGUGGGAAUUUAAGAUGGACAAUAUGAACGCACUGUGGCGUAGGCUGUCGAGUGCGGACCAGAAGCUGUUCUUCUUCGAUAUGCGCCAAAUCAACUGGGAUUAUUUCCUGGAGCAGUACUUCUGCGGCAUCCGGCGGUAUCUGCUGAACGAUCCAAUGGAAACCGUCCCACAGGCUGUGGUCCGCUGGAAUCGCCUCUACUGGGUGCAUCAAGCGACCAAAGUGAUCGUGCUGCUGCUGCUGUACAAGCUCAUCAUGUCCGUUUGGGGUAUGCUGAGCUAA